CAAUUGAGGUCUAAAGUCACUCUAAGUAAAUAAACACGUAAAGGCUCACAAUGCCUAGAAAUAAUUACCAGCGCACUUUAAAUAGCGUGAAAGCGACAUUUUACCAAAGAUGGCCUAGCAUAACUGAAAAUACUGCUAGUUUUUCUACCUCUGAAUUAAACUGGCACCUCGGAGUCAAGGCAAUAAAGCGGUGUGAACACAAUUAGCUGGUACUAUUUACCUUAAAUGAUACUAAAUAUGUGUUUAUAUAGCUGGCUGGGCCCACGCACUUGAACUGGGAUAGAGAC